CACUUGAUAACAUCAUCCAAGUUGAUCCCAUUGACAUAGGAAUAUAUGGACGGAGCCUAUGCUACGAACUUAGGCAAGGGGGGUUCUGAGAUUUGUGGUAAGGAGAGGCUGCUGGCAAAUCGGGCGAGUUCGGCUGUUCUCGACAUCGCCCGAAUGAUACUCGUGAAAGUGUUGUAAAGUUGUGAAGAAUCUGGAAAAAACAAGUACUGAAAUUACAUUUACCAUGACUUAUUGUGUUGUGUCGGGAUGUAACAAUCGUAUUAAUACACAAAGGAAAAAUUGGCAACAACGUAUGAAAGAGAAUAAUGAUCCGAAAAUUUCGUUUCAUCUUACUGGCAGUGAAAAUCAAAACACAGCCUUACUAAACAUGUUUAUUAGUGCUCUCAAACUUUUGACUGGCAUUACUUUUCAAAUCCCCAAAGAUGUCAUCAGACGAGAUAAGUGGCUGGAAGCAAUAUAUUUAAAAAAUUGGCAUCCAAAUAAAACAGCAGCUGUCUGUUCGGAACACUUUAAAGAAGAAGAUUAUAAACCUCAUCUUACAUUAAGAAAAUUGAAAGAAGAUGCUGUUCCAUAUUUGUCUACAAAGAUCCAGUCUUUAUAUGGAGGCUUAGAAAAAGCAAAUCAAAAGCCUGAAUCCAUAUCUAUCGCACAAGAUCCGGAAGAUAUAGAAGUUGAUAAAGAAACCAGUACUUGUAACGUCAGAAGCAUUGGAAUACAAAAUACUCCUACUGUAAAACAUGAGUCGACAUAUAUUUCUCCCAGAAGAAACUUUAAUUCUCCUAGCAAGGUUCGUUUACGAAAGAUUCAUGCACAAGAAAUAAAAUUGCUGAAGAGGAAGCUAUAUGAUGCAACAUACAAUAAAAAGAAAUCAAGAAAAGUUAUUCAUACAUUGAAAACUGUUUUAAAAGAAUUGCGAAAGCGUAAUUUCAUUACAACAAACUAAAAUUACUUUACGAUCCAAAUGGAAAUGCAAUCGAAUGGAGAUACUUUGAGGAACUACAUAAACUACAGGAAGCAGGUUUGCACUUAGCUAAUAAGUUGAGAACUAAGCAUAUAGCAUUUCAUAAGAAUAAGAUGAAAGUUAAAUUAGCUUCACAAUUGUUAAGCAUGUCAGUUGCUAAGUCAUUAAUUUUUUGCGAAAAGACAUUAAAAUUAUCACAAUUCAAAAAUUGUGAUGCAACAGCUACAUUUAUAUCCAUUCUUAAUGAUCUGUUUGAUAUCUUUAAUUCUAAAAAUCAAAGGCAGCAUGGAUUCAAAAAGCCAAUAAGUGCACAAAAUGCUGCAGAAAUAAUUGCAAAAGCUGAAGAUCGUGCUGAAUAUAUAAAAAAAUUGUCACUAUUUAAAGAAUAUCAAAGUAUACUACAUUCCAAAGUAAAAACAGGUUUUCUUGGAUUUCUCAUCAAUAUUCAGAGUAUGAUUCAAAUGUACAAAUUUACUUGCGUUGACAAUAAUUUGUUGAUAUAUAUACACCCAUGUAUAAAAUCAGUCAGGAUCAUCUAGAACUACUAUUUGGAAGUAUAAGAUCUCGUGGUGGAUAUAAUAACAAUCCGACAGCGAAACAGUUUAUAUCUGCUUUGAAAAAAUUAAUUAUACACACAGAAAUACGCGAGAAAGAUACUGGUAAUUGUAUCAAUUUAGAGGAUAUACCGAUACUGCAUAUUUCAUCUUCACAAAACUCAGUAAAUGUUAUUAAUGAAACAACAAAUGUACAUACACGAUGGUUGGAUGUUUUUCAUACAGUUGAAACAGAUCAUGAUUAUUUUGUACAUCAUGCUUACCUUUAUAUACAACACAAUAUAAAUCUGAAGUUAUUUCUUACAUAGCAGGAUGCAUAGUUAGGAAAUUAUUAAAAACUUUACAUUGCGUUGAGUGCAGUAAUGCUUUAAUUGCAAAAAACCCUGAAAAAGAUCAAAAUUUGAUCAAUAUAAAAAAUCGGGGAGCACUGAUAUUUCCAUCGAGUGAUGUUGUUUAUAUAUGUAAAAUUGUUGACAACACGAUAACUAUGUACAUAAAUAUAAAUAAAGAUGUGCGUACCAUUCAUAUAAAUACCUUUGCAUGUGAUGUUAUGAGAAACAUUGAAUUACAUAACAGUCAAGGCAUAUUCAACGAAUUAAAAGAGCAUAUAAAUGAUCAAUGCUUCUUUAGUAACCAUAUAAACCAUUUAUUUAAAUCUAUUAUAAGUUUAUAUACUAAAAUAAGACUUACACAUUAUAUACAAAAUGUUAAUUUGAGCGAUAGGCAUAAGCUUAAUAAAAUUGUACUAUUUAAAGGACAAUAAACAAAACUUACAACACAAA